AUGAGCGGAGCAUCGUCCCGUAGACCCCAAAGGGUCAGUCAAACAUCAGAGGCAUCCGAUCAGACGCCUCUUUUGCAGGGUCACGAGGAGCAAUCAGAUGCUCCAGCAGAACCUCGACCCGUCUCUUGGGCAUCACUCCCCAAUAAAGGGCAAUUGGCUGUCAUAUUACUUGCCCGCUUGGCUGAGCCAUUAAGCGAGCGAUCGCUGGCAUCGUAUCUGUUCUACCAGCUGCGAUGGUUCAAUCCAGAUCUUGAUCCUUCAGAUAUUCCCAAACAAGUCGGAUACAUCACUGCUGUUUUUGCGGCUGCGCAAUGCCUCACUUCCAUGUGGUGGGGUCGUGCUGCUGAUAAUCCUCGGCUGGGUCGCAAACGCGUCCUGAUGAUUGGACUUGGUGGUUCAGCCAUGUCGGCCCUGGGAAUGGGUUUUUCGACAUCGCUCUAUGCUGCCUUUUUCUUUCGGUUCUGUGCUGGUGCACUUAAUGGAAAUAUUGGUGUCCUGAGGACUAUGGUCUCCGAGGUAGUGACAGAAAAACGACAUCAAACUAGAGCCUUUCUCCUACUUCCGAUGUGUUUCAACGUUGGUGUCAUCAUUGGGCCACUUUUAACAGGAUUCCUCGCGGACCCUGUUCGUUCCCUCCCCAGCAUUUUCGGGCCAGGUUCGUUCUUGGGUGGCUCUAACGGCGUCCAAUGGCUCAAGGACUUCCCUUAUGCGCUUCCAAACAUUUUCUGUUCUACUAUCCUGACAAUGGCGUUUUUCUUGGUUAUUCUGGGCCUCGAUGAAACUCAUCCACAACUGCGGCACAGACCAGACCCUGGACGCAGACUUGGCAACCUCUUGUUGCGUAUCAUCCUACGGAAAAAGACUGAAAACCAUCAUUAUGAUCCCAUUAGCACAGAGGAUCCGUCGGGGUUGCUCAUAAAUCGAUCCACAGAUCAAGAAUAUGGCGAAAUACCUGCCGAACCUCAAGACAAGUUUCAACCUUCGUUCCGGGACGUCUUGACCAGAAAAGUGUGUCUCAACAUGAUGCAACGUUUCUUGCAAUCUCUGCACGUAUCGGCCUUUAAUUCCAUGUUCUUCAGUCUUCUCCCUACACCGAAAGCCGUCGGCCAGGACUUUCAUUUGCCAUUCCGCUUCACCGGCGGUCUUGGACUUUCGAGCGAGAAGAUGGGACUGGCCAACACAACCAUUGGCAUGAUUGGAAUCCCUCUGCAAAUCCUUGUGUAUCCAAGGCUCAUCGGAAAGCUUGGUGUUAGAGAAUCGUAUCGUACUUUCCUGCCGCUCAGCAUUGUCGCCUAUUUCUUGCUGCCAUACCUUGUUCUGCUACCCGACAGUGACGCUCUGGUCUGGGCCUGUCUAUCGGCCGUGCUUACCUUGCAAGUUCUGUCUCGAACCUUUGUUAACCCAGCGACUAUGAUGCUCGUCAACGACUCAGCACCAAGCCCGAAUCUUCUGGGGACAGUCCACGGUUUGGCGUCCAGCAUCUCGAGCGCUGCCCGAAUCAUAGGGCCGACCGUGGGCGGUAUAAUGCUCGGCUGGGGUCUUGCUCACAACAUUGUCGGGUUACCGUUGUGGUUAUUGGGUAUUUUGGCGGUGGUCAAUUGGGUUAUCCUUUGGUGGAUCGAAGAUGUGAACAUGUCUCAGUGA